UUAGAACAUACGCUGGAGGGGCAGUGUGAGGGGCACACACACACAUACACACACAUUUAAUAAUCAACAGUGUUAACCAACCAGGCUACAGCCCCCUCCCCUGUUUCACUCACUUUCCAUAACCCUUACGUACCUCCUUCCCACCCCCUUUCCCUCUCUCUCUCUCUCACUAACUCUCCCAUCACCAUUCUCCCCCUCUAUUAAGUUUCAAGCGUCUCUUCCUCCUCCUGAACAGAUCAACACACACCAAACAGAGGACUGGACAGAAAACAGACACUGGCUCUCCUGGUCCUGCCUCCAUCUCUUCCCAUUUUAUCAUUACCUCACUCCAUCCACUCCCUACUUCAUUGUAGCUCUAUUCAUAUCUCUUUCUGUCUAAUUUCAGUGUUCAGUGCACUUAUUCUUACUUGAUCUUCUGCUCAUUCUCACUGCUUUUGCCCAAUUUACCCAUCCAUCACAGGAUAAUUGAUAGCUCUGUCUUUUCAGUAUACUGUAAUCACUUCCAAAGCUACACCCCAUCCCUGUUUUCUUCUUUCUUAACUUUUCCUACAUCUUUUCAUAUAGUAUUUGCUCCCCUAAUCUGUAGCCUAAGUCUAUUGUCCCAUCCCCUGGUCUUCUCAGUCAGGUCUGGCCAGCUGAGACCAGCAUGUGGUCCAACUUCUUUGUACAGCAGGAUGAGGAGGGUCGCAUCGGGGUGGCAGGGGCUGGACAAGGUGGGGGUUUGGGCGGAAUGAAAGGUGGAAGGGGACAGAGGCGAGCACACAAGAUGAGCGACAGCCAGGAGGGGAAGAUCAAGCUGGCCUUCUUCGUGUCUAUCAUUGGCGUGACCCUGACGGUUUUAGGCAUGGGGACAGAGUUUUGGGUGGAGCUGGCCCAACCAAAGAAUUUCAGCAGCAACCAAACUUGCCAGAUGGCCCACUAUGGCCUGUGGAAGGGCUGCAUCCGCACCCUAUGGGUGGCUGACAUAGACCCAGAGAGGACAAGCUGUGGCCCCGCUGAACUACCUGGAGAAUCAAACUGCACCUACUUCAAAUUCUUCACCUCUGGGGAGAAUGCAGUCAUAUUCAAGAAGACGACUAACAAGAAUCUGAAUCUAGCAGCAGCUAUCUUGGCUCUUUUAAGUCUGACCAUGAUGGUCAUGGGCUCCAUCUGUAUCGCCAUGUCCCUGAGCAAAGGAGUGCAGUUCUUUCUCAAGCCAGCCUCCUUCUGUUUCAUCCUAUCAGGUGUACUGGUCCUUCUCUCUAUCCUGAUAUUCCAUCAGUCUGUGUUGGCCUUGCUGUCCAGUGACCACUCAGUACCUUUGCACCAUGAGCUGUCCUGGUCAGUGGCCUGUGUGGGCGCAGCUGGAGCCACUCUCAUUUUCGGAGGUGUCCUCUUUGUCAUCCUCUCUCUUCCUUUCAACCCCUGGCAGAAAUGCUUGCCACACAAGAAUAGCGCCACCUAGCACUUGAAAGCUGAAACUUACAUAUAGUGUUCUUGAUGUUCUGCUUGAGAGCAAGUGAAGUAUAAAAGCCUGUUUCCUGAGGGCUGCAACCUUGAGCUUGCUCUUGGCAAUUUGAUUUGUCAGAAAAGUAAUAAUAGGUCUUAAACAUAUGAAGAAAAGUCAUCAGCACACAAAGAAGCCCUCUAGAGCUAGGCUAAAAUUUGUUUUGGUGUUUUUUUGUAGAGAAUAGAUGGAGGGAGUGACAGAGCUACUGCUGACUGAUUCAUUUUUAGCUCUAUGGUGUCACAAAUAGGCUCAUUAGUCCUACAGCUGUACAACAACACAUAAAUCUAGUCUUUCUGUUAGCAUAAGUAGAGUGAAUACAUUUUUUAAAAUGCUCAGACUUUUAUUUUAAAACUUACUGUAGUCUCUUUAAUAUGAAAGCCCAUUUCUGCCCCCCAAAAAACAACAUAAAAAGUAAAAAAAAAGAAAAAAAUCAAAAAUAAAAUAACAACUUUGUUAUGGUUUGGGGACCUUCAUCUUCACAGCUAGAAUGUCAUUCAUUUUGUGUCAUGGUCCCAUCAUAAUUACAACAGCUGCAUAACUUUUCAUUUAUUUAUUUUUUUUUUCCUUCUGGCAGAAAUGGCCUUCUGUAGUCUAAACCUCCUAAAGCACCAUCAGUGUAGCAACAACUACUUUGUUUUGAUAAAGUUAACAAUCAUUUUAGAGGAUGUCCUGAUUACUUUCAAAGAAGUUGUUUAUCAUAUCUGCUACAUGUUGCCUUAUGAAUAGAGUCAAUGAGUGUCAAUAUUCUAGCAGUAAGUCCUACAGAGCUUUUUUUUUUAACACUUAAUACUUGAUAAACAAGAGGCUUCAGUUAUCAUUAUUUAUUACUUAUGUGUGUUUUGCAACUAUUGGGUGAAUGUUGCGUCAGUAUAUGAAUGUAUGAUGAAUGAAAUCAACUGUGAGAAGAGAUUAAAAUACCAUUUUGUAUAUCA